GCCGGCAGUCACUUCCUGGUUCCAGGGGAUUGUACCGAGGGAUCUGUGUGCCGCAGCCGCCGUCUUCUUUUCACCAUGUCUCACCAGACCGGCAUCCAGGCGAGUGACGAUGUAAGGGAGACCUUUGCAAAAGCCAGGAAUGGAAAGUACAGGCUGCUGAAACUUGAUAUUGAGGAUGAGCAACUGACCGUGAGUGCCUGUGAAAAGCCCGUACAUUCCUGGGAUAAAGAAUAUGACUCUCUUAUGCUGCCGCUGUUAGAAGACAAGCAGCCCUGCUAUAUUUUGUAUAGACUGGAUUCCCAGAACGCACAGGGCUACGAGUGGAUUUUUAUUGCUUGGUCACCAGACUACUCUCAUGUCAGACAAAAGAUGUUAUAUGCAGCAACAAGAGCAACUGUUAAGAAAGAAUUUGGAGGAGGACAUAUAAAAGAAGAAUUGUUUGGAACAGUAAAAGAUGAUGUUUCAUUAAGUGGAUAUAAGAAAUACUUGGCCUGCAAAUCAGCUCCUGCCCCACUCACUACAGCGGAAGAGGAGCUGAGGCAAAUAAAGAUUAAAGAGACUCAAACAGAUGUUGGAAUAGACACUAAACACCAGACACUGCAGGGAAUAGCUUUCCCCAUAGACAGAGCUGCAUUCCAGGCUUUGGAACAAUUAAAAAUCAAGAGACUAAACUAUGUACAGUUGCAAAUUGAUAUAAAAAAUGAAGUUAUCAUUUUGGCGGAUACUACUAAUACGGAAGUGAAGGAUCUACCAAAGAGGAUUCCAAAAGAUGCAGCACGAUAUCACUUCUUCCUGUACAAACAUUCCCACGAAGGAGAUUAUUUGGACUCCAUAGUGUUCAUUUAUUCAAUGCCUGGAUAUACAUGCAGUAUACGUGAGCGAAUGUUGUACUCCAGUUGCAAGAGCCCAUUGCUGGAUGCUAUUGAAAGUCAGCUGCAGAUUUCAAUAGCAAAAAAGAUGGAGAUCGACAAUGGGGAUGAACUGACUUCAGAUUUUCUCUAUGAGGAAGUACACCCAAAGCAGCAAGCACACAAGCAGAAUUUCGCUAAGCCAAAGGGACCAGCGGGGAAGAGAGGCAUCCGGCGGCUGAUUCGCGGUCCAGCAGAACCUGAAACAGACUAGAUCUCGAGCGGUGGGUCAUCGGGCUUGGAACUUGUGGACUGUAAUCAUUCCACACCUAUGUUCUUAUAUGGAAGGAAAGAAAAAAAAAAAGGAAAGAAAUUCCCCCCUCCAUCACAUUCAACAUUCUCACUUAAGAAUCAUGAAAGGUUUUGAAGGUUUUGACACACAUUGCUCCCAUUUAAGCAUUAGAUUUAGUGAUUUGCCUUCGUAUACUAUCCAUUUCUUUCUUUUAAGAAGCCACAGAUAUAAGGGUUCACAUGCUGACAGGCAAACCCUCCUGUUAAAAACCAUGCAUACACUCCCUUUGGUCAGCACAUGAACAUCUCUAAACUGUAGAGAACUAGUUUAUUAUGAUUUAUUAAAAUAGCAAUAUGAACAAUUUUAGUAUGGUUCAUAGAAUCAUUGACCGGUUCAUUGGUGCAAAUUAUUUGCAAUUAACAAUUUGAAUAAGGGUAAUACUACUUUAAAUCAGUGGUAUACCCUUAAAACACAUACUGGAAAUAGUACAAGAAUUAUAUUUGAAUGUAUACCUGAGCGAUAUAUAUUGCUAUAUUUUUAAACUGGUCUAAAUGUAGAAAUGGAUACAACUGGUUGAUUCCUUGCAAGAGACCCAUGUUUUAAUAUAUCAUCAAUGGUUUAUACUAGUAUGUGUAGUCCUCUUUCUAGUGUGUAUAUACCUUACACUGUGCAUUACACAGCCCAGUCUGUUUCAAUAAUUACAGGAGAAAAAUAUACUAUUAUAUAAAAAUAACUUUUAUAGUAUAUACUAUUUUUUCAGUCCUUUUGUCUUUGCUACGCUGCAAUACACUGUAGUGAUGCACUUUAGUGUCAAAAUAUUGAAGUCGGAAGACCUGAUUCACUCUAAGUGAUAGAUCAUAAUAUGCAAUACAUUUCUUUGAUUCUUAAAUCUAAAUAAUAGCAAUAACACUAUUGGGUUUUUAAAUUCCUCUUUGCACAAUGAAGCUUUUUUGAAAUACUAACUUCUUAUGUAAAAAAAAAAAAAAAAAGACAACAAAAAAAAACUAAACGUGCAUAUGUGAUGAGUGGAUGCCUGGUGCAACCAUUAAAAUAAAAAUAACAAAACUUUUUUCAAGA